CUUUCGUAGGGCACGCGUGAAUAAAUUAACUACGGCGUGGUCUCCCAAGUGGGAGAACCAUCAUCAAGGUUAAUAACAGAUGCAGCACUAUAAGUAACAUGUCAUUCGAAUACGCUGGCAUAUUUUUAAGUUUUGCCUCAAGAUGAAGUCUUAUAUUGUUUUAUGUGCACUUGCCGCUGUUGUGACCGCGAAAGGUUCCGGCUACGGCCUGUUGGGUAAUUUGGGCUUCGGCAACGGUUACUAUGGGGGCUAUAAUGGUUACAACAAUUACGGCGGAUACGGUGGAUACGGCGGAUACGGCGGUUACGGUGGAUACAAUGGCUACAGACCGUCGGGUCUGGGUGGAUAUUAUCGACCGGGUUAUCGCCCAGGUUACUACGGCGGCGGUUACAAUAAUUUCGGCGGGUACCCCGGAUACGGAAGCGCAAUCGGCGGAUACCCCGGAUAUCCCGGCUUAGGAGGCGAAUUCGGCUACCAAGGAUAUCCAGGCUACAAUGGAUAUAAUCCAGGCUUUGGUGGCGGAUAUCAGCCGGGCUACGGUGGUUACAAUACAAAUAGCAUCGGCGGUUAUGCCCCUUCGGGUAGAAACUUUGGGCCAAGCUACGACGCGGAUGCGACGUCGGUUGACUCUGUGACGAGCAGUUUACACAACGACAAACGCGAAAAUAAAGGAGAGACCUUGCAGUAGGUAAUUAGGUUUAUUUUUUAAAUACGUUGUACCUAACUUAUAAGUGCCAAUAAAUCUUCGUUUUAUGUAAA